AUGCCAAGCGUUUUCCAAAAUAGCCGUUUAGAAUCGUGUCACCUGCAGAACAACGUGGGUCUCAGCAUACGAAGCUCACUAACAGAGGUUCAUUUGUCCCAUCAAGGUCCGCUACGUACAUCUACAGGCCGCCAACGAAGACCACGCCCUUCGCGCACUCGCAAAAUGCCACAGAGCAUCCAGUUCCUCGCACCCGAGCCUAUAAACCUUGUGAACAACGAGCCUUCCGCAGACGAGGUGACAGGCAGCUCUUUGCACUUCAAGAACAUCACAGUGGGCAGCUGCACGAUCGUCAACAGCCAAAAUAACAAGUUCUCCGUAUGGCAACUCGAGGUCACCCUUUCUCCAACUGGAACAAGUGGUGCGGGCAGCCCUCACAUUCGGGUCUAUAAGAGGUACACAGAUUUCGAGCUCUUCCGCGAAAAGUUGCUACGCUCUCUGACACCCGCUCUGAGACCCUGUGUACCGCAGCUGCCGCCCAAGGUGUCGUGGUACGAAUCAUGGCACUAUGGCCAGGCCAAUUUCAAGAGUAGCUGGCUAGCUCGUCGCCGCGCUGGGCUUGAGUACUUUCUCAACCAAGUGUUACUUAAUGACAAGGUGCUGACAGAAGCCUUGCCAUGUGUCAAGGAGUUUCUAGAGAAAUAA